UUCUCUCCUCUACUAUUCAAGGUCUGGCGUGUUAGUGUCUUCACGGGGAGAAUGCCAAUAAAGUUUUUUCUUUUCUCGCUCUCAGGCUCUUCGCCCCGUCUCAAGUAUCGCGAGAUCUGGUGGCGCGGGUACCAUGGCGGCGGCGUUUGAAGCGCCAGAGGCCUUAGCAACCGUGGAGACGGCUAUUCCUGCCGACUGUGUGGCCGCCCCGGUCUCAGCUCCGGAACCGGUUCCGGGGCCUGUGCGGAGCCUGCGGACGGCUCACGAUGUCAGCGGCCCGCGGACCCGCACGGGCGACGUGCUGCUGGCGGAGCCGGCGGACUUCGAGUCCCUGCUGCUGUCGCGGCCGGUGCUGGAGGGGCUGCGGGCGGCCGGCUUCGAGCGGCCCUCGCCGGUGCAGCUCAAGGCCAUUCCGUUGGGGCGUUGCGGCCUGGAUUUAAUUGUUCAAGCUAAGUCUGGGACUGGGAAAACCUGUGUAUUCUCCACCAUUGCUUUGGACUCUCUUGUUAUUGAAAACUUAAGUACCCAGAUUUUGAUCUUGGCUCCUACAAGAGAAAUUGCUGUACAGAUUCAUUCAGUUAUCACAGCCAUUGGAAUCAAAAUGGAAGGCUUAGAAUGUCAUGUUUUUAUUGGAGGAACGCCAUUAUCACAAGACAAAACCAGACUUAAAAAGUGUCACAUUGCUGUUGGAUCUCCUGGCAGAAUUAAACAACUCAUAGAACUUGACUACCUGAAUGCAGCCAGUAUACGUCUUUUUAUCCUUGAUGAAGCAGAUAAACUUUUAGAAGAAGGCAGCUUCCAGGAGCAAAUAAAUUGGAUUUAUUCUUCCUUGCCUGCUAGUAAACAGAUGUUGGCAGUAUCAGCUACUUACCCUGAGUUUUUGGCUAAUGCUUUGACAAAGUAUAUGCGAGACCCUACUUUUGUAAGACUAAAUGCCAGUGAUCCAAGUCUCAUAGGUUUGAAGCAGUAUUACAAAGUUGUUAAUUCAUACCCUUUGGCUCAUAAGAUUUUUGAGGAAAAGGCUCAGCAUUUACAGGAACUGUUCAGCAGAAUUCCAUUUAAUCAAGCCUUAGUUUUUUCUAAUUUGCAUAGCAGAGCACAACAUUUGUCUGAUAUCCUUUCUUCAAAAGGCUUUCCUGCUGAGUGCAUUUCAGGUAACAUGAAUCAGGAUCAGCGUCUUGAUGCUAUGGCUAAACUGAAGCAAUUUCAUUGCAGAGUCCUCAUUUCCACAGAUUUGACUUCCCGUGGGAUUGAUGCUGAGAAGGUGAAUCUGGUUGUAAAUUUGGAUGUACCAUUGGACUGGGAGACAUACAUGCAUCGAAUUGGCAGAGCCGGCCGUUUUGGUACAUUGGGACUGACAGUGACUUACUGUUGCCGGGGAGAAGAAGAAAAUAUGAUGAUGAAUAUUGCCCAGAAAUGUAAUCUCAACCUUUUUCCUUUACCAGAUCCCAUUCCUCCUGAUCUGAUGGAAGAAUGUUUGGAUUGGGAUGUGGAGGUUAAAGCUGCUGUGCAUACAUAUGGCUUAGCAAGUAUACCUACCCAACCCCUAAAAAAGCAAAUUCAAAAAAUAGAGAGAACAUUUCAAAGUCAGAAAGCUCAUGGCAACCAAACUAGAACUACUUCUCUAUCUGCAUCAUCAGUCAAGUCAAAAAUGAACACCAAACAGAAGCUUCCUGCGAAAAGCCACUCCGAGUGUGGAAUCAUGGAAAAAUCAGUGUCACCAAAAGAAUUGGAUUGUGCUGUACAAUUGGAAGAGCAAAGUAAGGAUUCUGUUCAGAGUCCUGUUGAAAACUCUACCGAUAAUCAGCACCAGGUCAAAGGUUUACCUAUGUCACUCCCCAAAAUUCCUUGUCUGUCUUCCUUUAAAAUCCAUGUACCAUGCACUUUGACUUUUGCAGAAUUGGUAGAGGAUUAUGAACACUAUAUUAAAGAGGGGCUAGAGAAACCUGUGGAAAUCAUCAGGCACUAUACAGGUCCUGGGGAUCAAACUGUGAAUCCUCAAAAUGGCUUUCUGAAAAAUAGAGUUACUGACAAGAGAGUGCAGAUACUGGCGAGUAGUGGCCAAUCUGGAGACUCUGAGAGUGAUAGUGAUUCUUAUAGUUCAAGGACUUCUUCCCAGGGCAAAGGAAAUAAGUCAUACAUGGAAGGCUCUUCUGAUACUCUGCUGAAAGACCCGGAAUCUACUUCUGUGGAUGGCCAUAACUCUUUGGAGCAACCUCUGAAUGGAAAUGACACCCUCAAUCUGGAAGAAUAUCAAGAACCACCUGAAAUCCAGAUAAAGGCAAGGUAUAAAGAGGGGGCUAACCAGAGAGCCAAGCAGAGCCGGAGAAACCUUCCCAGGCGGUCUUCCUAUCGAUUGCAGGCAGAACCCCGGGAAGAUGGUUUGUAUGACUGCCAUAGGGAAACACAUCCGAGUUUUUCUGAUACCUAUCAAGAUUAUGAGGAGUACUGGAGAGCUUACUACAGGGCAUGGCAGGAAUACUAUGCUGCUGCUUCUCAGUCAUAUUACUGGAAUGCACAGAGACAUCCGAAUUGGAUGGCAGCGUACCACAUGAAUACCAUUUAUCUGCAGGAAAUGAUGCGUGGGAACCAGUGAUUAUAGGAUAUACCUCAGACCAUCAGUAAAUAUCAAUUAGCGAUAACCUUUGAAUAUCCAUCCUCCUUGACCUCUAGUAGAGUGGCUUGUAGUGGCAUUUUUGAGGAACUUGAAAAAACCUGAGGCUUUCUGCUGGGGCACAUCUGUUUUUCAGAUUGUUUUGAUUCAAGUGAGGUAUACUAUCCUCUUUUUUAAAGAAACUUCUUGGAUCAGAUUCUUGAAAGAGAAUUUUUGGGACAUAAAGCUAAAGGUCCCAGGUGCGAUUUUCUAUAUGCCAUUCCAAAAAGAAACAUUUAAAAAGAUGACAUAUAUACCACUGCUUACUUAAAAAAAUAAAAAUAGCUGAGGCUUGAAAAGUAAUGUUA